AUGUGGGAAAGUAGGAUUGAAAGUGUGAAAGCAAUAGUUACUCAAGCUCCUGAAAUAGUAAAAGCUCUGCAUAAACUUGUUGAAGAAGAGACAUACAUCAUAAGUGAAGCUACUUGUCUAGUUGAGUAUAAACUUGGCAGAUUUGACUUUAUAACAGGUAUGAUUAUAUGGUAUCAUAUAUUGGUUAAAGUAAAUAACCUGAGCAAACAACUUCAGUCUCAGAGUAUGCGUAUUGAUGAGGCAAUGAGUAGUGUGGGAGCACUUGUUGAGUUUUUUAAAGAUUAUCGAGAGAAUGGGUUUGGGAAGGCUUUGGAUUGUGCGAGAGCUAUAGCUUAUGAUUUGGAAAUUUAUCCGGUGUUUGUUGAGAAAAAUAAUAAAAGAAAAGUUGUUACAAAAAGACAUUUUGAUGAGAAUGACAUUGGGUCAUCAGAGCCGGUACAUGAACUUUCACCUCAAGAGUCAUUUAGGAUUCAAUAUUUUGUGUACAUAAUUGAUCAAACUAUUGGUUCAUUCGAGCGAAGGUUUGAACAAUACAAACAAUAUGAAGACAUUUUUCGUUUCUUAUUCACAACAGAAAAGUUGAAGUUAAUGAAUACUAGCGAGUUAAAGUCAUGUUGCAAAAAUAUGGAAAAUAGGCUGCAAAAUGGUCAUAUCUCAGACAUUAAUGCUGAUGAUCUAUUCAACAAACUGAAGUUGUUACAAAAACAUUUACCGGUUGAACACAAUACAACUAACGAAAUACUAAAUUUCCUAAAAAUGAUGAACACUUAUCCAGUUUCUUGUCUAGCAUACAAAAUAUUGUUGACUGUUCCUAUUACAGUUGCAUCAGCGGAAAAAAGUUUUUCAAAACUUAAGCUUUUAAAAUCUUAUUUGCGCUCGACCAUGUCUCAAGAGAGAUUAAACGCUUUGGCAUUGAUUUCAAUUGAGAACGAGUUUCUUGAGAAUAUUGAUUAUGAAAUUUUACAGUUUUAUUUGAUUAGUAAUGAGUGA